CCAGAGUGUUUUGUCGCUUAGUGAUGACGUAAAGGUUUGGGACCCGUGACAAAAACGAUUGCGAAAAGAGGACUACCACCACGCUUGGUCAAUGUCACUGACAGCCUCGGGGAAUGAUGCCGUCGAUUAAGUUUCCUGGCUCCUAAAACCCUUUACAGUGGGCACACGGUUAAUCGGAAAUGGCCUCUUGUGGUGGAUGCAGGAUUUUCGUCCUGACGGUAAAGGGACUGUGUGGACCCGCAUGGUGCAGGCCCGCGGUGGCGCAGUAUGCGUGCCAAACAAGGACAAUCGUUACCUCCACAAGGACCGACUCGCUGGAGCCGUUCUCCUCGGCCCAGCGGAAGACCCCGAGCACGCUGGGGAAAGGCGAGCUCAUCUCGCCGUCCUCGGGGCUUGCACAGAGGAACCUCUCCGCCGUGGCCGUGUCUCUGAAACCGCAUUACCGACCGCACGACUUCCUGGACCUGGGCGACGUGAGGGAGAACACACGCAAAGCUAAGGGGUGUAAAACGAUGAGACGGUUCAUCGUGGAGCCAGCACUCGCUAGACUGGUGACCGACCACUUGUCAAGCGACAUAGAGGAUGGAAAGGCUAUCAUAUUUGAGUGUAAUCCAGGUCCUGGUGUGCUGACACGGUGUCUGUUAAACCGUGGAGCGCAGAGGGUGGUCGCCCUGGAGAGUGACAAGGCCUUCCUACCCGAUCUGCAUGAGCUGGAGAACAGACUGGACGGCCAGCUGGAGGUGGUGCACUGCGACUUCUUCAAGCUGGACCCCAUCGGCCAGGGCACCAUGAGGCCUCCCGCCAUGUACACGGAGAAGCUCUUCACUGACCUGGGCAUCUCGGAGGUGCCCUGGACUGCAGACGUUCCGGUGAAGGUGGUGGGCAUGUUCUCCCAGCGGAACGAGAAGAACAUGCUGUGGAAGCUGGUGUACGCUCUGUGCGAGAGGCUCUCCGUGUACCGCUACGGCCGCGUCGAGCUCCUCAUGUUCAUGAGCGAGAAGGAGUAUACGAAACUCAUUGCCAAGCCUCGGGACAAUAAGAACUACCAGGCCCUGACAGUACUGUGGCAGAUGACCUGUGACAUCCAGCUGCUGCAUAAGGAACCCUGGGCCUCGUUUGUGACGACCUCCAAGCACGGGGGAUUGGCCAUCCCAAGGAGCACGCUGCCCAAUGACCACCUGUGCCUGGUGCGGAUGACCCCUCGAGAGGACUUCUUCACCUCGAACCUCACGCCUCAUAACGGUGGCACCAUGGUCAUGAUGGUGAAACAGUGUCUGGCCAAGAGGAAGGCCAGCCUGGUGGCGAGACUCGAGUCGUGGAGCCCAGGCAGCGGGGCCAAGCUGCUGGGUCAGAUGGGCCUGUUUGCGGACGUGCUGACGGGCCAGGUGUACCCCGACGAGUACAAGCAGCUGUUCGAGCUGAUGGAGGAGUCCCAGGAGUUCCACCAGAGCUGGCUCUACAAGGAGAUCCUGGAGAACACUCAGAACACGGGCAACAACUGAAGCCUCGAGAUCCCCGGAGAACACCAAGGACAUUGGGGUUCCUUCUGAACUCUACUCAAGUGUUACGGUUACCGAGUGAAGAACCCCGGACUGUGGUGGAAACACUUCCUGUGAACUUGUGUGUCUGUGACCAUUUCCAUCCUUCCUCCUCGUCGGCCAAUUGUAAACACGCAACAUAUUUCUCACUAUGUGAUACUCACUUCAGUUGGCACAUCAUUGGAUAUCUAUUUUGUUUUGUCUGGAAGAUUAUGGCUAAAGAAAUAAAAAAUGUCUGACUUUAUAAUUCAUUCAAACAGGCUCGAUGUAUACAUAUGUUGUAUAUCUGUGGCUGUUGUCAACCUAAAGCUCUUAGAAAACUUUACCAUGUUUUGAAGUUGAAGAAAAGAUGGCUUUAAUUAUUUUUGCUCUCAGCAAAGGAAUGUUCAACAAAUAACAGUACAUAUUGCAAACAAGUUAAUACUUAAUUUAAAGAUUUAUUAAAUCAUACAUCAGAUGAAUCUAAAUCAUCAUUAUACAUGUGAAUUUAUACAUAUGAAUUAAUUUACAGGAGCGAGCAAUCCACCCUAUUUAAUACAAUGUACCCAGUUGUGGGUGCUAAGUAUGUUACUGCAUAUGAUGAAGCUAUAGUUCUUCCUUAUCUUCAGUAAUUGUGUGUCUGGAACGUUUUGCAAUAAAAAUGGUUUGUACUAAA